AUGGAGAUGAAGUAUUUCCUGCCCGUGCUCACAAGCCCCGUUCAUGUGCGCGUGUAUUUCCGCUCGCCCCCCCUUUUCGGCUGCAGCUCCACUGUCGCCAACAUGCCCCUCGCGAAGGACUUGUUGCAUCCGACGCCAGAGGAGGAGAAGAGAAGUCACAAGAAGAAGCGUCUCGUACAAAGUCCCAACUCUUAUUUUAUGGAUGUCAAAUGCCCAGGCUGUUAUAAGAUCACUACAGUGUUUAGUCACGCACAGACAGUGGUCUUAUGUGUAGGAUGCUCUACAGUACUGUGCCAGCCCACCGGAGGAAAGGCGCGCCUCACAGAAGGAUGCUCAUUCAGGAGGAAGCAGCACUAGUCUCUCAUUGACCAUUAUGCAAGGACGAGGGAGACUACGGGAGGAGAGACAGGGUUGGUCUCUUCACAGGGAUUUCAGUGACUCCGAGGCUGUGUUUCUGAUCUAUAACGGGGCAGUGGAGAUCAAGGCUAAACCGAGAAGAGGGCUAGAAAACUUGGAAUGUCAAAGUGCUGUCUGAACACAGAGCAUGUGAGGUGUAUUACCACCAAACCUGUCUCUCUUUCCCUCUCUUACUAAAAUAAAGGUUCAUUUUUCAUUUA